GUCCAUCUCGGAUCCCCUUCGAUCGUACUUAUUGCAAUGGUCAUCACCACGCUACUCGGAGAUCUGCGAUUACUUGGUAUGACUGCGGUCCGAAAUGACGUUAAACUAUAUUUGUGCUGGGGUCAUUUGUUCUGGGGACGAUCCCAGAACAACUCUGGACCAUCUUUUCCCUGCCGUAGCCACAAGCAUAAAGACAGUAAAGAUAUCAACAAAGCAUGGUUUCUGUGGUGUCUGCUCUAAAGAUGAGCUGCAACGUCAAGAUGAUUCGUGACAAGACCGUCGGUCGAGUCUCGCCGGAAUGGAACGAACUAGCCGCCACUUUAAUUUCCAACAAUCAGAUAGGCCUUUACCCUUUACAUCUCCAAAGCGGCGCAAACUUAGCCAGACAACUCCCGCCCAGGCGCAGAUGGCAAAGGGUGAAGGCAACGAAGUUUUGCCGAGGACAAGUCCGAACAUUUUGCACUGAGCCUCGCCUUCGAUUGAGGACUCCAAAAAAGCAAUUAGCACGGUCAAUGCCACACCAACUACGCCCAGAAAAUUUCGUUAGAAAACUCAGCGUCGUUCGCAAGGGACUUGGAGGGAGAAGAAUUGUUUCUGAAUCAAUUUUCAUGAUUGUCUCAAAAGUCCACCCAAGAAGCCAGCAAAGCAUCAAAGAGGCAGUCGACGCCAAUCAAGAUAACUCGCCGUAUCAGCUCAUUCUAGUCCAAAGAAGCGCCUACAGCGCUGGAUACCAACACCAGCAACAAGCAUCUGCUGGCCAGACCACCAAUGAUGGCCUCAAUAACCAAGCACCUUAGGCUUAAUCAACCAUUCCUUCCCGUGGGUUUUCAAGGGACGUCGAGAGCGCACCGCACCCAACAGAUACUUCAAGUUCUGUCAAUCGUUUAAUCUCAGUCUUGAACAGACUACGUCGCGCGUAAUCUUUCUCAGUGGCUCGUCCGUCUCUCGCUGAUACUCAUCAGUAUCCUGCACAGCAGUGAAAACCAAGAUGAUCUGAUCGAGUUUUGAGAAACCCAUCCUUCUCGCUCUCAAAAGCAGAUUGUCACAGAGUGUUUGGAGAGAAACCAGAUUUUAUCUUUUGCGGCCUCUGCCCUCAGUAGAGGUUUACUGAACGCUGCGAACAAAAAUCUGGUCUGUGUGCUCUUUCCAGCAAGUGGGCCAAGAUCAU